UCUUUCAAUGCAGAAAACAGUUACCAAUUAAAUGUUGGAGGAAGUAGUACUUGGAUUUCUUACUGCUCUGAUGGACAGGCACGUUGUCUUGUGAAAUGUUCAGGAAGACGGAACAUGCUGUGACCCACACACACUUGAGUGUGUCUACCAAGAGUCCACGUUGGAUACCUCCUCUGAGGAGAGAAGAGAGAGGAAGCACAGUCUGACUGUGGCGUUUGGAGGUGGUCCUACGGGAGGAAACUAAGAUUGGAUUCCAUCAGAUCGUCAGAGCAGAAGCCCGUGCAUAAAUACUGGUAGAUUAAUUGAAGCAGGCUGAGACCGGUAUGCAGACAGAUGUCCCCAUCUCUCGCCGUGUGCUGCGCUGGGAUUCUGCUAUCUAUCAAGGUCAUCGCAGGAGGUGACUGACCCCUUGCUUGUGGAGCAGAACUCUGUCUUCAGACACACCAGAAGAGGGCAACCACUGAGCCAUCUCUCCAACGCCUUGAUUUCCUAAUGAUACAAAUGAAAAAGUAGUUUUAUGAGCUGAGAACCUCCAGUUAAUGGCUUGAAGUGGAAGAAGGGCUCUGGAGCCACCUGAUCCAGGACCUAUAUCAUGUGGAGAUGCUCUGAAGAAUAGCGGCAACCUCACGCAUGCCUAUUGCCAUACAAUGACUAAAACUAAUUCCCUUGCCUUCUAUUGCAUCAUCGUCUUAGGACUGACACUUACCAAAAUCCAAUUAUCUGAUGAAAGUGAGCUUAUCAUUAAGAGGCCAAAUGCAAACCUUAGCAGAGUGCCCAAGGACUUACCCUUGCAAACAACUACUUUAGAUCUAUCACAAAACAAUAUAUCUGAGCUUCGAACUUCUGACAUCCUCUCAUUGUCCAAGCUGAGGGCCUUAAUAAUGUCCUACAACAGACUCCGGUAUCUUAAUAUCAGUGUUUUCAAAUUCAACACGGAGCUGGAAUAUUUGGAUUUGUCACACAAUGAGUUAAGGGUGAUCUCCUGCCACCCAACAGCGAACCUCAAACAUUUGGACCUCUCCUUUAAUGCAUUUGAUGCCCUGCCCAUAUGCAAAGAGUUUGGCAACCUGUCCCAACUACAAUUUCUGGGACUGAGUGGUUCUCAGGUCCAAAAUUCAAGGGUGCAGCUGAUUGGUCAUUUGAACAUCAGUAAGGUUUUGCUGGUGCUAGGAGAUGCUUAUGGGGAAAAAGAAGAUCCCAAGUGUCUUCAGCACAUUAGCACUGAGACUCUGCAUAUUGUUUUCCCUUCGAAAAGAGAAUUUCGUUUUCUUCUGGACAUGUCUGUCAGCACUACGAUCAGUUUGGAAUUGUCUAACAUCAAGUGUGUGCUUGAAGAGCGGGACUGUGCUUAUUUCUUACGUGCUUUGUUAAAGCUUAGAAAGAAUCGGAAGCUCUCACAUCUUAUCCUGAACAACGUGGAAACAGUGUGGAAUUCCUUCAUUAACAUCCUCCAGUGGGUUUGGCAUUCACCAGCCAAGUAUGUCUCAAUUUCCAAUGUGAGGCUACAAGGUCAACUUGCCUCCAGCAGGUUCACUUAUUCUGAUACUUCUCUGAAGGCUUUGUCCAUACGUCAAGUUGUCGCUGAUGUGUUCAGCUUCCCCCAACGUUACAUAUACAGUAUCUUUUCCAAUAUGAACAUCCAAAACCUUACAGUAUCUGGAACACACAUGGUCCACAUGCUUUGCCCGUCCCAAGUUAGCCCAUUUCUGUAUUUGGACUUUACAGAUAACCUUUUAACAGACAUGGUUUUUAAAGAUUGUAGAAACUUAACUGGAUUGAAAUCACUUAGUUUACAAAAGAAUCAGUUAAAAAACCUUGGAAAUGUAAUUCUUAUGUCUGCAGAAAUGACCUCCCUACAAAAACUAGACAUUAGCCGGAAUUCUCUAAGAUAUAGCGAUGGGGGAAACCCAUGCUCCUGGACCCAGAGUUUGUUGGUUUUAAAUUUGUCUUCAAAUAUGCUUACUGGCUCUGUCUUUGGAUGCUUACCUCCCAAGGUCAGGGUCCUUGACCUUCACAACAACAGGAUACUGAGCAUCCCUAAAGAUGUCACCCACCUGCAAGCUUUGCAGGAACUCAAUGUAGCAUCCAAUUCUUUGACUGAUCUUCCCGGAUGCGGGGCCUUCAGCAGCCUCUCUGUGCUGGCUAUUGACCAUAACUCAGUUUCCCACCCUUCUGAGGAUUUCUUCCAGAGCUGCCGGAAUAUUAGAUCCCUGACAGCGGGCAACAACCCAUUCCGAUGCACAUGCGAGCUGAGGGAGUUCGCCAAAAGCAUAGGCCAGGCAUCAAGAGAAGUGGUGGAGGGCUGGCCUGACGCUUAUAAGUGUGACUACCCAGAAAGCACUAAGGGAACCCCACUGCAGGACUUCCACAUGUCUCCACUGUCCUGUGACACCAUUCUGCUGACUGUCACCAUCGGGGCCACUAUGCUGCUGCUGGCUGCCACUGGGGCUUUCCUCUGUCUCUACUUUGAUGUGCCCUGGUAUGUGAGGAUGCUGUGUCAGUGGACACGGACCCGGCACAGGGCCAGGAACAUCCCCUUAGAGGAACUCCAGAGAAACCUCCAGUUCCAUGCUUUUGUCUCAUACAGUGGGCACGAUUCUGCCUGGGUGAAGAAUGAAUUACUACCCAACCUAGAGAAAGAUGACAUCCGGGUUUGCCUCCAUGAGAGAAACUUUGUGCCUGGCAAGAGCAUUGUGGAGAACAUCAUACAUUCCAUUGAGAAGAGUUACAAGUCCAUCUUCGUGCUGUCUCCCCACUUCAUCCAGAGUGAGUGGUGCCAUUAUGAACUCUACUUUGCCCAUCACAAUCUCUUCCACGAAGGCUCUGAUAACUUAAUCCUGGUCUUGCUGGAGCCGAUUCCUCAGUACUCCAUCCCUACCAAUUACCACAAGCUCAAAAAUCUCAUGGCACAAAGGACCUACUUGGAAUGGCCCACAGAGAAGAACAAACGGGGACUUUUUUGGGCAAAUCUAAGAGCAUCCAUUAAUGUUAAAUUGGUUAACCUGGCAGAAGCAACGAGUUAUACACAGCAGUAAGAAUAUCCACCUCACUGCUGUUGCUGCUCUGGGGAGUUCAAAUAAUGGUACCAUUCAUACCAGCAAAAACCUAAAAAUGAUUCUGACUUUAUGAUGUGGGAAUUUGUGCUUUUUAACCCAAGUUUGCCACUAAAAUCUAGUGGGAUACUAUAAUUUGGGUUGAAAUCACUCAUUUAUUUUUUUUCCUUUUUCGUUCUUUCUUGUUUGUUUGUUUGUUUGUUUUUUUGAGACAGGGUUUCUCUGUGUAGCCCUGGAUGUCCUGGAACUUACUCUGUAGACCAAGCUGGCCUUGAACUCAGACAUCCACCUGCCUCUGCCAAGUGUUGGGAUUAAAGGUUUGUGCCACCACUGCCCAGCAUUUCUUGUUUUUCAAGAUAGGGUUUCUUUUUGUAGUUUUCACUGUCUUUAAACUCACAGAGAUCCACCUGUGCCUGCCUCCUGAGCACUGGCAUUUUAAGACAUUUUUAUUGUUUUAUGUUAGAGGUGUCUCACCUGCAUGCAUGUCUGUGCACUAUGAGCAUGCCUGUGCUUUCAGAGGCUAGCAGCAGGCAUUGAAGUCAUUGGAACUGAAGUCGUGGACUGCUCUUAGCUGCCAUGUGGGUGUGGGGAAUUGAACCUGGGUCCUCUGCAAGAGAAGCCAGUGCCCUUAAUUGCUGAGCCAUCUCUCUCUCCAGCUCCCAAACCAUUAAUUUCAAACACUUCAGGGAUCCAUUUUUUCCUUUUGCUCUAAUCACAUUGGUUGAAUUUACCGCAGAAUCAGGAGAAGUCCUUUUCUCUACAGAUGUGCGUAUUUCUGUGUGUCUGGUCAACAGUAGAAAACUUCAGCUCUACUUCGGGUUGACUUCCCCAUUAUUCUUUCUAGCUCACCAUGAAUCUCUUCACUCUUAGGCCUGGAUGUUACUUUUCCACAUAAAUUGCUUGCAUAUAAAGCUCUUGUCUUGGUUUCCACUUAAUGGUGGGAUUAAAGGGGCUGCAUAUACUGUCAAUUUAUUGUUCCACAAAACUGCCAGGGAAUCGGAGAGGCUUGUAUGUCUCCAGAUAUAGAAAGCGUAAUGAAAUAAGAACAGAUAGUAGAAUCCAGUGAUUAUUUAACAUGGCCAUCUUAGAAAUAGUAGGUAAUUGAUCUCAACACCUGGGUGGCAAAGGUAGGUAGAUCUCUAUGAGUUUAAGGCCAUGCUGGUCUACGUAGUGAAUUGUAGAACAGCCAGGGCUCUGUAGAGAGACCCUGCCUCCAAACAAACAAAAACAACACAGAACAAAAACCCAGAAACGAUAGGUUAGGCUUUUCACUGAGUCUUGAAGGAAGCCUCAGUAUGUAAUGGUGAAGAAUGGAAAGGCCAUUGUAAUAAAGAGGACAAAGGCUGGGACACCCAGACUUGUUCUGGGCCUAGUGGCCCACAUGGGUGGAUAUGACCAUUGUGACAAAUGAGACUAUUAUAUGGUUGUCAACAAUUAGAUAAAGCUAUAUUGCAGUCAGCCAUGCUGGUGCAAGUCUGCACCCCCAGAGCUUCCAGGCUGAGGUGGGAGGUUCCUGAUCCCAGGCCAGCCUGGGCUAUAUAAUUAGAUCCUAUCUCAAGGAGGAAGAGGAGGGAAAAGGAAAGGGGAGCAUAUUAUCAAUGACCUUAACUAGACUAUUGAGACUGUUGAACUGGAGACUCAUAAAAUACAGCUUAAUGUCUACGGAACUCAAUAGGAAGUGACGAUAAACCAUGAGGCGUGGAGAGCGGUAUUCUGAAAUGAAGUUGCAACAGCCCUUCUAACUGGCUUCUUCCAUUUCCUCUAGGCCUGCUACGCUUCCCAAAUCACACUUCCAGAUUUCACAAUCCAGUUUCGACUCCUUAGCAAGCAAUCGUAUAGUAGCUUCGGGGAUUUCUGUGCAGAGACCACUUUUGCACAGCCAAACCGUUGAAGUUUGUUGGCUUCCUGUUCUGGGCCCAAAAGCGUGAGCAGGGUUCGCUCCUGGGAGGGCGGGGCCUGCUCCCUGCUUCCUCUUUGGCUCUUUGCUCCCUGUGUUUUUCACCUUCCUUGCAUAUCUCUGCACGCCUGCAUUUUACCCUGUUUUGCAUGUCUGUUUCUGUGUGCUAAUUUCCCAUUUUCAUACAUAUUUCUAUAGUCUGGCCUCUGUCUAAUACUAAUAUUAUUCCUAUCUUAAUUACACCUGCAAUGCUCCCAUUUUGGAGAAGGGCCCCACUCUGAAAUGCUGAGGUUCAUGGUGUAAUCCGUGGGCUGACACAGCUCAGCCCCUGAUUCUAAGGAACAAGAGCCUCUUAGUUGAGGUUUUGAGAAGUCAGGUCAGUCCUGUGUAUGCACAGCUAAACUCGUGAGCAGCUAAGAGGCUGCAACUGCAUUUGUGGCAUCUUCUGCGGAAUUCCAAGCGGAGAGAUGGAGAAUUCAGGUCAAAGCACAGAUAAAAAUGAGGCAAUAAAGCCAGGUGGUAGAGGCACAUGCCUUUAAUGUCAGCGCUAGGAAGGCAGACAAAGGUGAAUCUGUGAGUUCAAUGCCAACCUGGUCGGCAGGGUAAGUUCCGGAACAAGAAGAAGCAGCAGAAGAGGAGGAGGAAGAGGAGAAGGAUGAGGAGGAGGGAGGAGAGGAAGAGGAAGAGAAGGAAGGAGAGGAGAAGAGGAGGAGGAGGAGGAGAGGAAGAAGAAGAGUAAGAAAUAAAUAGACGCCAUCUUUGAAGCCAGUUUGGAUUUCAGUUCUAGCUUCUACAUUCAUUUGUGUUGAUCUUAGGGACUCUACUUAAACUUUCUAAGCUGAUUUCAUUAUUUAUGUUAUAGAUUUUUAAAAAGUGUACUCUUAAGGUAGCUAGUCAACACCUCUAUAUCUUCAGAUAUCAACUCAAACAUGCUCCCCAAAGUGUAGCAUUCAUAGAGUAGACUUCUCAGUUCCAGAUCCUAGAACCAAGCUAUGAGAUGUUUAUUAGGAGAUGUAAAUAGGACCCAUAAAAGACAAACCCACGUUCACAAUGUUCUACACAUACCUGGUCCACAUAUAAGUGGGGUGGUUAUCCUUCUCAUGUGUUGAUUUUACAGGUCAGCAAUCCUGGUCUGGAGAAAUGCUCAGAAUGUAAUGAAUAGCGAGAAACAAGACAGAGAACAUCCACGAGACAAUCUGGAUUUUGUUUUCAGAGUAGUUUUAGGUCAGUUUGACACAAGGUGUAGACUCCUGAGAGGAGAGAACCUGGACUGAGAAAGGACCUCUAUAAGACUGGUCUAUAAAUUGCAGGAUUAAUUGGCCUACUGUAACACAGGCAUUAUCUUAAGUAGUGAUUGAUGAGGUGUGGGCAGCCCAGUUAUGGGUGGGGCCAUCCCUGGGCUGAUGGUCCUGGGUUCUAUAAGAGAGCAAACCUAGCAAGCCAGUAAGCAGCACCCCCCAUGGCCUCCGUAUCAGCUCCUGCAUCCAGGUUCCUGCCCUGCUUGAAUUUCUGCCUUGGCUUCCUUCGACAGACUAUUGGUACAGGGUAUGUAAGCUAAAUACCUUCCUCCUCAAUGACUUUUGGUUUUGGUGUUUCAUCACAGCAGUAGAGAAGUAAUACACUAUUUACACCCAUACACAUGAGAAAUAACAAAACAUUAGCUGUUGUUAGUAACUUCGACAGUUGAUAUUCACUGGGAUACUCAUCAACACAUAGUUUUUAUUUUACUAAAUAUUUUCCUUUUUUGUUCUAAAUGUUCUGUAAUGAACUUACGGUAUAAGAAGAACUUUUUUGCUUAAAAAUUAUAAAAAAGGUUAUUAAAAAAAAGAACUAACACUUUCAAAGAAAACUAGACCUGAAAAUGUGUGCUUAUCUUCUCUUCGUGGUCAGAAUAAAGGAAGCUGCCAUUUUCCAUCUGCUGCUGCGAGUUCUGAGUCCUGCUUGUUUCCCUUAACUUCAUUUUAUCCUCCUCUCUUCUGAGAGGAGAACUUUUUGUUAAAUAUGAAUACAUCCUGCAUGGGACACAACUUAACUGGUUCUCUAGACGCUUCGCCAACCAUUUUUUCUCCCUUUUCAAAAGUUUAGGCUCACAACAGUGUCUCGUUCUGUAGCCCAGGCUAGUCUUAAACUCCAGGCAAUCCUCCUGCCUCAGUCUACUAAGAACUGGGACUACCAUCAGGAGCAACCACAUCUGCUCUUUGGGAAGCCUCCCCCUUAGCUUAGACAGGUGAGCAUCUUUGUCUUGGUGCUCACCUGUAAGAGGCUGGAUGCUCGCCUCCAGGCAAAGGAGAAGCCAGGCUACCACUGGUCUAUGGAGUGAGUCGGCCCUUCCCUGGAGCUGAGCUAUUUCCUGAGGCAGAGCAGGACCAGGCUAAGGUGGCGGCACUAAUGACACAUGGGUCCACGUGCUUGGGGGACCUUCACCAACAGAGGUUGACAUAAUUCCAUUUUAUCAUAUUGCCACUCUAGGGAGGGGCAGCAGCAUGGCUGCUUUCAUGCAGGGACAGUGAGAGUGGACAGUGACUUGUGCUGUGUUGAGACCUGUGAAAUUCUCAUGUUCCUUACCUGUUCAUCGCACUUCUGGGACUCUCUCCCAGAGAAAUAAGUUGAGACAUGGACAAGCACUUCUUCACAAGUUUGUUAGACUUAGACACUCCGGCUUUCCAGGGAGGGACAAAUAUACUAUGUUCACUUAAGGACACACUGUAUAGCCAUUUGAAAUAUUAGAGUUAACGGGCUGGCGGGAAGGCCCGGCGGGUUAAGGUGCUUGCUGCCAAACCUGAGAAUGUCGGUUCGGUCCCUGGCAGUCACAUAUUAUAAAGUAAUAAGUGAUUCCCAGAAGUUGCCCCCUGGCCUCCAAAUGCAUGCCCCUGCACACGUGUGUGUGUGUGUGUGCACAAAAUACAUAAUAUAAUAAGGUUUUUGGGGCUGAGGUGGAGAGCGUUGCCUUAUGUAUUUUUACCAUAAUUUUUUAAGCACGGAGGAGGCACUUUAUUAGCAGAGGCGAAUGCUUGCUUAUACAGCUAUGACAUAAGCUCAACAUAGAAAACUGCAAAUACAGUUUGGUCUCAAUUCUAAGAUAUGCCAAGAAAAAAGGAGCGGCUAUAAUAUGCAAACGCAUCACCGCUGCUGUCUUGUCUGCAUGUCAGUGCUGGGUUUGCUUCUAUACUCUUCUAUGCAUGGAAAGUUUCCAGUCAGCAAACAAAUAAAAUGGGGUGAAGGAAGUUAUAAAUCUAGGCUCUCUAAAAACGCACUCUCAGACAUUUUCUUUUUUUUUUUUUUUU